AUGGCGCUCGAGCUUGCCAACAAUGACAAGUACGAGGUCCAAGAAAUUAUCGGCCGUGGUACUUUCGGAAUCAUUCGUAAAGUUCGUCGGAAGGAAGAUGGACAUAUUCUUUGCCGGAAGGAGAUAAACUAUCUCAAGAUGUCCCAGAAAGAUCGCGAUCAACUGCACGCCGAAUUCUCCAUCCUCUCCUCCCUCAACCAUCCGAACAUUGUUGGCUACUUUCAUCGUGAGCAUCUCAAACAAACCCAAGAGUUAUACCUGUACAUGGAGUAUUGCGGUGGCGGUGAUUUGGGCUGCGUCAUCAAAGAGCUCAAGAGAAAGAAUGAAUUUGCCAAAGAAGACUUUGUCUGGAGGAUCUUCAGUCAGCUGGUCACGGCCCUAUAUCGAUGUCAUUAUGGCGUGGACCCUCCCGAACCGGGAUGUGACCUUUCUCGACAGAAGGACACUCGACCUCCACUCAAAGGAAAAAUGAUAUUGCAUCGAGACCUGAAACCAGCAAACAUCUUUCUGGGCGAAGAUCAGUCUGUCAAACUGGGCGACUUUGGCUUGUCCAAGAUCAUGCAGUCGCACGAUUUUGCCUCGACCUAUGUUGGGACUCCAUUCUACAUGUCUCCAGAGAUUUGCGCGGCCGAAAAAUACACGUUGUACUCCGAUAUCUGGUCAUUGGGAUGCAUCAUGUACGAACUCUGUACGAAGGAGCCUCCGUUCAACGCAAACUCGCAUUUGCAGCUCGUUCAACGCAUCCGCAAAGGCGAGUUCAAACCAAUACCCGGCAUUUACUCAAAGGACCUUGCGAAUGUCAUUGCCAGUUGUCUAAAGACCAACCCGACGCAUCGUCCAGAUACCAGUUCCUUGUUGACCGUGCCUUACGUCUGGAUCGCUAGGCGACAGCAAGAGAUGGUCAGCAUUGGGAAAGCCUUAAAGACUCGGGAGGAAAUUGCCGAAUACAAACUGAAACAGGCGGAAGAACGACUGUCUGCACUGGAAGCAGACCGAACAGCCAUGAGGGCCGAAAUCGAUGCCCAAUUCCGUCGUGAAUGGGAGGUCAGAGCACGACUCGAAAUCGACCGACAGGUGCAGUCAGAAUUGGAGAGACUCCGCAAGAAAUUCGACAAAGAGGUUGAAGAGCGCGUUGGGCAGAUUCUGGCCAAGCAGAAUACGACUGUUGAUUCCCGGCCUCUAAGAGAGACCCAUAAUCCUCCAGCGACAGCCUAUAACAAAGAAGUCUUGAACCCUCACUCGUCGAUCAACACUACCGGCGAAGAGGAGUUUCCGUCGACUACGGAUAUCACCGACCUGUCUGAUCUUUCUCUCAAUUCUCCAACAACAUCAACGUCGGGACCAAUGCCCCCCAAGAAAUCGAAGACGCCCUUUGCCCGCUCCCGCACUACAAUCGAAUCUCCCAUGGACAUUCAAAUGUCAGAACCCUCACCCAUGUCCAUCUCCUCCCUCGCUUUAUCACCUCGUCGGAAUGCUGCUGCUCAGGCUACCGCCAAUCCCACUGUUACAGCGGCGGGAGCAAAGAACAUUUUCGCAGAAGCUGCACGCCAAAAGGCCAAGUGGGAACCCAAAUUGGCUUAUUCUUCUGAUGAAGGAGAGAACAACAAUCUGUCAGAUGAUUCUGACGACGACGGUUUCCCUGAAUUGCCCAGUCCUACAAGACCAAGAGCAACUGUUGCCAGUACUGAUCCUUUCAAGAAUCCAGCACCACUGCCCCUGAAGAGCAGACCAGGGUUAAUGAAACACGACACUACAUCCGCCCUGCACAAAUUGACGGCCAAGCCAACAUUAUUCCCUUCUAACAAUACCACUGCGCAAGUGAGGACAGGAAUUGCAUCAACCAGUGCAAGUAAUGCGCACAAGACAGUGCCGCGAACGACCACGGAGGGUGAUCUGAGGGCCAUAGCUGUCAAACCCACAAGUCCAAAUAGACGCCUUAGCAAGAUCCCCAGUCGUAAUGACCUGAGAGAACAGGCCUCCGCGGAGGAUGGAAACACAAGCCCACUAAGACGUGCAGCAACGACGGGAGGCAGACUUCCCAGCAAGCUUGCUGCCGGAAAACAACAAGUCGCCGUCAAUGCUGUAGGUGGGCGGACGUUGGUGGAACUCGCACAGGCCCGAGCCGGCGGCCGACCUAUGAGUGCCGAAUUGGGCGGCAAUCUGUACAUGAAAGCAAAUAACGGGGUGGAGAACCGGGAGGGGGAGAAAGAGUUACCACCUGUUCCUGUCUGGGACCCCGAGACUAUGGGAGAUGACCUUCCGAGUCCGUUCUUAAAGCGAGAUGUCAAAACAAUCCGAGGACUACGAUGA